UGCUGCCUGCUCGUUCGAAGCUUCGACGAAGCCAUCUCGAUCUCUCCGCCUCGUUUGCUUCUCCCUCUCCUCGUCGUCGUCGUCGUCGUCUUCUUGUAGCUUCCGUCUCCGUUGCUCGCGAGGCGAGGUGGUGUUCGAUCGGGUUGGGCAGAGGCGGGGAGUAGUCUGGUGCGUACUAGCUUGGUAUGGGGAAUCACAAGAAGUUCUUGCAGUUUCUGAGGCCGGCCGACACGGCGGUGGCGGCGGCGAGGUCGUCGGACGAUGACGACGACGGCGGGGCGACGACGCCGUCGGUGCCGUCGCCGAUGAGUAGCUGGAGUGGGCGGACGUCCGCGGCGGCGUCGCCCUCGCCGUAUGUUAUGUCGCCGUGGGUGAACCUUCCUGGGUUUGGUGGUGGUGGUGGUGGUAGUGGUGGGGUGGUUGGCGGUGAUGGCCGCACGGGGUUGCUGGGGUCGCUUGUGAAGGAGGACGGGCAUGUGUACUCGCUCGCCGCGGCGGGGGAGUUGCUGUAUACUGGGACGGACUCCAAGAACGUGCGGGUGUGGAGGGAUCGUCGUGAGUUCGCCGGCUUCCGGUCCGGGAGCGGGCUGGUCAAGGCGAUCGUCAUCGCCGGCGACGGGAGGAUCUACACCGGGCACCAGGACGGGAAGGUGCGGGUGUGGCGGGCGUCGGUGGAGGACGCCGCCGUGCACCGGCGCGUCGGCUCGCUGCCGAGGUUUGGGGACUUGCUGAAGAGCGCCGUCAAUCCGUCGCACUACGUCGAGACGCGCCGCCGGCACAGCGCCGUGUGGCUGCGCCACUUCGACGCCGUGUCGUGCCUCAGCCUCGACGCCGACGCCGGGCUGCUCUACUCCGGGUCAUGGGACAAGACGUUCAAGGUGUGGCGCGUGUCGGACUCGCGGUGCCUCGAGUCGGUGCGGGCACACGACGACGCCGUCAACACGGUGGCCGCCGCCGGGUUCGACGCGCUGGUGUUCACCGGCUCGGCGGACGGGACGGUCAAGGUGUGGCGGCGGGAGCAGGGAAAGGGCGGCACCACGAGGCACGCCAUGGAGCGGGUGCUGCGCAAGGGCGAGAGCGCGGUUACCGCCAUCGCCGUCGCGGCGGAGGCGCGCGUCGUGUACGUUGGCUCCUCGGACGGCGCCGUCACCCACUGGCAGUGGCGGCGCGGCGUCGGGGCCGGACAACCUCCGAGGAACGGCGGGGCGCUGCGCGGGCACAAGAUGGCCGUGCUCUGCCUCGCGGUGGCCGGGCGCGUCAUCGUCAGCGGCUCCGCCGACCGGACGAUCUCCGUGUGGAGGCGCGAGGAGGGCGCCGAGCACUCCCACCUCGCCGUGCUCACCGGCCACACAGGGCCCGUCAAGUGCGUCGCCAUGGACGAAGAGAACGCCGCCGCCGCCGACGGCGACAAGCGCUGGGUGGUCUACAGCGGCAGCCUCGACGGCUCCGUCAAGGUGUGGCGCGUCUCGAGCACCCCCGACACAACGACGGCGCCGCCGACGCCGGCUUACGCGUGGAAGGCCACGCCGUCGCCGCUGGGCGCGUGGACCCCGUACGCGGCGGCGCCGGAGCGGAAGCGGAUGGCCGCGGCGUGACAGAGAAUCAAACCAUGCAGAGCACCACACGUGGCCCAACGAGAGAGCAGCAGUACUGCAGUAGGAGUAGACUGUACAUGCAUACGUAAAGAGUGGAGCUGUACACCGUAUGUUUAUACGGUGCGGCGUAUUCUUGAUUUAUUUUAUUUUCCGGAGAGGCAGCAAAAAUGGACGGCCGGAUGGGGACGUGCCAUCGUGUGGUUGCGAUUUGGUCGGUGAUCCCAGCGGCCGGUGGGCCCAGAGGAUGGUGAGAGAUUUGGACACUUCCAACUAAUCAGGGAAAGGGUUUUUGGUUGGGAAGAUGUGGAUGUUUUUAGUUUUCUUCUUUUGUGUUCUUUCAUUGGUUUGUCAUCAAUUGUUUUGCAGGAGAAGUUGUACAAAAGUCUUUGCUUGCGUGAGAAGGAA